AUGACUAACAGCAUGUUACUACUUUGGGCGAUUCCGACGAGGUUCCGUGUGAUCGGCUUGCCGACGUCCCGGCUUCCCGGCUUCCGAGGACCCAAGCUUUCACGCCACGCAACCUACUUUGGACCGAGGAUCAUGUUUCAUCUGAAGUUCAAAGGCAGCGAAAUUCCUGUCAUCCCCGGUCAAUUCAAGGCACCCCUCAUCGCGGCCGCCGUUCAUGUCACGUGCGGGAUAGUAGCCAACGAGAUUGUUGAGGAUCGUGACGGCACACCGGCGACUACCCAGCAGGUGUCGGUGAGCACCGAUCACACCGCUAUCUGGCUCGGUACCAUCUAUGCUGCUUCGGUAGAAGGCAUGGAUAUCGACGAACUCUCCAAAUCGCGUCACCUACCUGAACUUUUCGGGGAAAGAUUCUCAGCAAGGUUGGAUGGCUACAGCCGUCAACAGACGUUCUACUGCUUUAUACAAAACAAAGACCCCAGGCGUUUGGUAUCAGCUACAUGA